AUGGAAACGUCCCAGGUGUCUUCGUCUUUAGGGUCUGGAUCUUCUCUGAAAAACUUGCCCACCACAGACCGCAGCUCGGCCUCGAUCUCGCGGUCCCAUUUGGGGGACAUGGGCUCAACUUUCUCCUCCAUGACCUGGAAUUCCUCCUCUUCGUCAGACUCUGCGUCUGUCAGAUACUGCGGGGUGUGUUUUGUAUCUUCGUCCUCCACGGCCAUAUCGUCCUCUGUCUCGUCGUCGUACUCGUCGUAG